AUGAAGUUUGGGAAGCGGCUCGCCGCUGAGGCGGCGCGCAGGUGGACGGCGCAUUACCUUGAUUACAAAGCCAUCAAGAAGGCGAUUAAGGAUGACAUCCGCCAGUCGGAUGCCGGCGGCGCCGGCGCGCUGCGCGUGCUGCUUCUGGAGCUGCGGAAGGUCAGCAACUUCUAUCUUGAAAAGGCGGACGAGCUGGAGGCGCGCCUGGAGGAGCUUGCGGCUGCAGGCGCCGCUACGCGCGACGCGCGGGCCCUCGCGCAGGUCCGGUCCGACAUAUCUGCGCUCAUCAAGUUUGUCGCACUGAACUACCUGGCAGUUGUGAAGGCCAUCAAGAAGCGCAACAGGCACUUCAAGUCGCACUUUGGGGAGGCCAGCCAGCAGCUGCAGUGGCAGCGGCUGCAGCAGGGCGCGGGCGGGCAGCAGCAGCAGGAGCCGGCCGGCUUUGACCCGCUGCACCCCCUGGACCUGCUGUCUCAGGAGGUCUUCUUCACCAGCAACCGCCUGGCCGGCCUGGCCACGCGCGCCGAGGUCCUCAGCCGCGAGGGCCCCGACGGCGCGCUGCUGCCGCCGGCCGGCGCGGCGGCGGGCACCGGCGGCGCCGCGGGCGCGGGCGCGAGCGCGGAGCAGCGCGCGGCGGCGCGCGAGGCGCUGCUGCAGGACUACCAGUGUCCCGUCUGCCUGGAGGUGCUGCGCAACCCCGUCGUGCUGACGUGCGCGCACCGCUUCUGCUGGGGCUGCCUGGUCGCCCACUAUGCCGCGAUCCGCGGCCCCCGCAGCGCCGGCGCGCCGCCGGCGCCGCAGCCGCUGCCACCGCAGCAGCAGCCAGGCCACGGCCACCAGCCGCAGCACGGCCACUCGGGCUCGGGCUGCGGCGGCAGCGCUUGUGGCGGCCACAACCACCACCACGACCAGCAGCAGCAGCAGCAGUGGGGCGGUGACGCAGCUCCUGGCGCGGGCGAGCAGCACGAGGCGCUGGUGGUGCUUGAGAAGAUUGUGGAGGCGCAGGACUGCGAGGAUUCGACCUACUACGCCUGCCCCGUCUGCAGGCAGCCCCAGGUCCUCAACAUUGAGAGCCUGCAGGUCGACCCCCACCUCACCCGCUUCAUUGAUGACCUGCGCGUCCAGCUCGCCCCCUCCAACGCGUCCACCGCCUCGACCGUGUCGAUGGCCGACGUCGACGACUCCGAGGUCGAGCCCGACGAGAUCGAGGCCGAGGUGGACUCCGAGGCGGCCGAGGCGGCGGCAACGGAGGCGGCGGCCGCGGCGAGCGAGGCGGCGUCGAGCGAGGCGGACAUGUGGGUGGGGCUGGAGAGCGACGAGGACCUGGAGGAGCCGGCGGACGGCUGGCUGCUGCCCCCCCAGGCGCCCGAGCACGCGGGCCGCCUGACCGUGCUGCUGGACCUGGACGGCACCCUCAUCAGCAGCUUCACCCCCAAGCGCGCCCCCCGGCUGCCGCCCACCAUGAGGACGCACCUCGUCGGCCAGGGGUCGGGCCUCAACCCGGCAGGCGUGUUUGUGGUGGAGCGGCCGGGGCUGACGGACUUCCUCGCCGAGCUGGCGGCGUUUGCGGAGGUCGUGGUGUUCACGGCAGGCCUCCAGGAGUAUGCUGCGCCCAUCAUCGACGCGAUCGACCCCGGCAGCAAGUACGUCGCCGCCCGCGUCUACCGCGAGGGCACCACCCGCACCGACCACUACCAGUGCGUCAAGGACAUGCGCCGCGUCGGCCGCGCGCUGUCGCGCACGGUGCUGGUGGACGACACGCCGCUCGCGUUCCUGCAUCAGCCGAGCAACGGCGUGCCCGUGCUGGGCUUCAGGGGGGACCCCGAGGACAGGCUGCUGGGGGAGGCGGUGCUGCCACUGCUGCAGGUCGGCUGCUGCAUGCCCAGCGCAGUCCGCGUUUAUCCUAGCAUGCUCCUGGUCAAUCCCUGCCUCACCGCCCCUUCUGUGACCGUGCCCGCAGACGCUGGCGGCCGCGCCCGACGUGCGCCCGCUGCUGGACCGGCGCUUUGA